AAGAUUGGGGAAGUUUGAGAUCUGUCAUAACAGCCUGAGGCAUUCUGUGGAUCUCCAGUGAAACGCUGGCUUUGAUCUUCAGGCUAGACUUGUUACCUGUGUGUGAUAUAAUCUUCUGCUCACUCCUGCUGAAUGUUAUGGAUUUUUAAGGUGGAUUUGACAUUUGAUUUUUCCUGUUACUGCUUCAUAUACGAUACACAGGAAAGUUUGUACCAGAUAACAUUGUUAUAUUUACACAUUUUUCUGUAUGGAUAAAUUCUUAUUGGAAGAAACCUGUUUACCUGUGUUAGUGAUAUGAUACAAAACGAAGAUGCGUGAGAUGACCAUUUCUGUGAUGUCAUGUUUGUGAUCAAUAACAAGGGUGCUUGAAACUGCGCUAUCAAGGAUUGAUUUGUGAUCGAUGUUCUUUUGAUACACUAGUGUCAGACUGUUAGAACAAAAUCUUCUACAAGUGAACUCUGAUGGGAAACAUGCUUGCAGAUGUGGCCUUGAAUUAUUUAUAUUUUGGUAAUUAAUAAAUCAUGUAUUGGUAUAUAUUCUGACCUGGCUGCUAUACAGAUGACCUUCUGACUUUGGAUAAACAAGUAAUUAAUCAGGUUGUCCUGGUCAUUCCUGGAGCUACCGCAUAUAUAUAUAUCGGAGAAGAUCCAAGGAUGGAUGUAUCAUGGAACAGUUUAAUGAUGGGAAGAUCGACAGUAACGAACUACAGAUUACUGAAUGGGCACCAUGGAUCUCUGGAGGAAUAGACACCACACAUUGAUAAUUUGGCCGACUGGGUAACGAUGGAUACACUUACUCCCCAAUCAGUAUUAGAUAGUAGAAACACAGAACGUCAACCCAUCUCGUGGCGGGUUAAUCCUGACCGUCUCACCAGAGCUGCAAGUCCAGGUCGUCUGACAAAGCGACCAUCGAAUGAGGAUAUAGAGGAAGUUUUACUGUCAAGAAUUGAUCAACCUUAUCGUACAAGUUUCAGUGCAGUAACAACACCGAUCAAAAGUAAGAGACAGAGAAGCCGGUCAACAAGUCCUGGUGCUUCUAGUAUGAAAUCAGAGAAAUCUUCGAAAUCAAAUAGAGGUACUAAACAUGUGACUUACAAUGCUAAUGUGACAGUCAGACAUUCCGACUCUUUUGAGAAUCAGGAUUUGUUAGAAAGUAGGCUAGAUUUUAUGAAUAGCGACAAAGAAGUUUCAGAGAAAAAGUUUGAUUUUUCAGGCAAUAUGGCCGAUUCUUCUGCUACACAGCAUGAGGACGAUAGAAAUGUGAUGCCGAAAAAGGAUGUAACCAAGGAUGACUAUUCCUCUCAAAUACAUGAAGUGACUCAAAUGAUUGUGAAUGAAUAUUCUAAAGACACACCAAAGCAUGAGAAUGAAGUGAGUAAAACUACCACACCUGCUCCCAAGGUUUAUCGUACUAAGCCCCCUCUCCCAGGGAAGGGUAGUGGGCGUGGUACCCCUAAUGGUAGGCCACCUCUCCAUCCAUCAGAGGUUGGACCUCGGAAUGUAGUAGCUUGGGAAUAUGAGCAUGAUCGUACGAUAACCUACAGGAAAGCAAUGUCCAAUCACUACACAGAUGACAAAAAAUCCGCAAGAGAGCCACUCAGGAUAUCUCAAGGGGACAGAGCAGAUCGUCCUGCUAGGCCUAAAGUGGACCAGACUGCAGAUCCCGAGCAAAGAGUUAACCAACCCUCUGACAUACAACCUAGAAUGGAACGAUCCAGCUCCAUGCCAUUACAGCCACAGGAAGAAGCUAAUCGUCUGGCUCCCCCGAAGAAGACUGUAAGUAGCAGUAUAGGGAAUUUCUUCCGUAGGCUGUCUCCAAGACUUGGUAGAAGAAGUAAAAAAGAUCGCAGUAAUGAAUCUAUGUCAACCUUGUCAGACAGUGGACAUGGUGGUUGUGCUUCAGACGAGAAUUUAUCCCGAAGUAAAUUCAGACAGUCUUUUAAGAAACUUCUUGGUCGUGGUUCACCAAAAACUAAAAGUAAAAAUUAUCGUAGAGAUGGAUCCACUUCUUCACUUUCCAAAUCGGAAGUAGAAUCAUUAGACCAUGAACCAAGAGCACGACAUAUUCCCUCAUCAUCCAAUCGAAUGAUGGAAUCCAUUAAACAAAACUCAGACAGGGAUAGAGAUGUAUAUCAAAAGUUUAAAGAAAAGCAAUCGCCAAACCGUCCAACGGAGGCACGGUUGCAGCACAAACAACAUCCUGUACGGGUUUCAGGGGAGGAUACUCUACCUGCUAACACUCCACAACGACUUAGCACUGGGGACAACGGCCAGUCACCAUCAUCUCCAGACCGUCAGGUCACAGCUAUUCCUGACAUAGUGAUGGAUGUGACCCAUGCUGUGCCAAGGUUGUCCAACAAUAUCACGACCUCUGACCUUUCACCUGAAUCUGACCAGAAACCUACAGCCUACAAUGAAGUUUCAGAUGGUGACUUGUCCUUGGGCAUAGAUCUUACAGUGAGUGAACCGUCGCUUAGUGUGACUGAUGCUGUUGACGGCAACAUAGGACACCAUGGCGAUAACCUCUUGACCUUGACCUCAGAACGACCCCUCAGUCCCCUAGCAGCCAGCACACCUGCAAUUCCUGCUGUGAAAUCGGGACGGCGCACACAGAGCGAGCCAACACACGACAAUGGACUUAACAUCAGCAGCAUGCCGAAGCUUGCGGAGAGUGGUGACCUCCCUUUACAGGAGUGUACUAAGUCACCGUCUUAUCUAAAGCUGAGUUGUGCUGUGAGUGGCUACGGUAAAUACAGUCAAUACUCAUCGUACAGCGACAUUGAGAAACGUUCACCUUUUUCAAGUGUGUCUUCAUCACGGUCAGACUUGUUGUCCCCAGACACGAUGCCUGUGACUAAAGUUACUUCCCCUGAUGUGCGAAGGACUAGUAGUGAGCGUGGUUAUGAGUUUGGAUUAAUUUCGCCACAGCCCCUGUCUGUGACAUCAUCGCUUGGUAGCCACGGGGACCUACCGAACGGAGAGGACUUGUGUAAUGGGGUGUCAAACGGAGACUGCAAUGGAAUGGAAAAUGGACAUACUUUAUCUGAUGAGAGAUAUCCAACUGGGGAUCCAAAACUGGAUGGAGCAUACUUCCUACGGUUGACAGAAUUGGAGAAGAACAGUCUAUCAUCGCACUGUGCACAUGUGGAAGUGGAUCUGCAAUGCGACGAGGUCCCCGAGGAAGUGAGUGGAAAGAUCCGGGCAGCCAUAGGAAAAGCCAACCUUCUUGUCAACCAGAAAUGUAAACAGUUCCAGGAACUCUGUAUGGAGCAUAUAGAGCCAUCCGAAGAUAGGAAACUGCUGAAGGUGGAGGAUCUCCAGGGAUUCUGGGAUAUGAUCAAACUCCAAAUUGACAGUGUAUACCGGAUGUUUGCAGAAAUUGAAUUAUCACGGCAAAAUGGCUGGAAAGAACUGAAUGCCCAUUCACAGAAUAGUUCUGUCAACUCUAGUCCAAAGUCUGGAAGUUUGUCCCUUAGCAAUGCUAGUACCCCUUCUGGUACCCCAGGUUCCCGGAGACGUGCAAUGAAGGUGAAGGACACACCAGAGUCCUCCCCCGAAAGAACGGAAAAGAUGAGAGCUGCGGCACGUGCAAGAGAAGAAGCAAGGAAACGAAUGCUGGCAGAAAAACGUGCUGCGAUGCGCCAAAAACAACAGCAGAAGGAGGUGGAGAUAUAUGUUGCAACUGAUAGUGCAAAUUGAAGCUCGACUUGUGAAUUUUUGUCUGGGAAUUUAUGUGGAAGAGAUGACCUAUGCCUAACACCUUCUUAACCUCAAUUUUCGCAACCAAUAGGUUUUUCGUCUUGCUGGGAGAAAAGCACAAUCAUAUACAAAUGCAUUACAAGCAAGUUACAUAUACAUUGUAUGUCCUGAUUGUGUAUGGCUGGAUGUGAAUGGUUUACUAUUGGUGUAAUUAUCAACUACAUGGGUGUUUGGAUAUUUAUUGAGGUUAGAGAACUUUCUUUGACCUGAAAUGCCCUGGAGUAUUGAUCAUCAUACCAUAAUUUGGUCAAUAGUGAAGAAAAGAAAGUAUUUUGAGGAAAAGAAGGUUAGCAGCGGUUCAUACAUUUCGAGCUCCUUGAUAUUUCUGCCAGGAACUGAUGAGGAUCUACUAUCAAUCUUCGUGGUGAUAGAGCGGAUAUCUACCUGGUUCUCUUUUGUUAUUGGAAGUUGUUUACAUAAAAGUAUUUUCAAAUUUAAGGAUGUAAACAGCUACAGAGCAAGUCUACCAAUCAGCGGUAUGUUCUAUUAAGAUGUUUAUUGUUAAACCUCAUCUGACAGGUAGAUAUACUCACCUGUCAAGACAGCAAAGGAAAAAUGUAGUGUUACAGACAAAUUUACCUGUGUAAGACAACACAGGUGUCAGAACAAAAAAGAACACCUGUCCAGACACACAAGUGAUAACAGGUAAAAAGUAUUUGUGACCAAAUAUAGAUGGGACUUACCUAUUCAACAAACUUGUGAGAUGUUGAACAGAUGUACUGUACCAGUGUUGAACCUCACUGUUAGUGUAAAGCACGGAUGGAUGAGCUUGACCUGUCUAAAGGGUACAUAUGUAGACUAAUACCGACUAGGUAUAUGUUUAACAUGUAACAUGUUGAUAUAGUUACAGAUUUACCUGUGCAGGUAAAGAUACGUGUAUUGGACUUUCUCAUCCAACAUUGAGUUGAGGUACGGAUAUUAUUGAUAUAGGUCCAGCUACUUAUGGUAAUAUAACAAGAGGAGUUCUCAUGAAGCUGAGGUCCUUGUCUGAAUUGAAAUCACAUGUGGCAACUUACAUGUGGUUGGUUUACAGGUGAUUUCUACAACUUCUUUUGGAUGUUUGUGCCACUGGACCAAUUAUUUGAACAGACAAAAGCACACAAAUCACAACGACCAGGGACCACACACACACUGGCAUCCAGGAACCACAUGUGGUGCUACCCUGUGGUCAGGUACAACUCUGCAGUGUUAUUUUAAAAUUAUAACACCGCUUAAAACACCUGGUGCUCUCCUGUGACCAGGUACCACAUGUGGUGCUACCAUGUGACUGGAUACCAUAUAUGGUGCUAUCAUGUGACCAGGUACCCCAAGUGGUGUUAUCCUGUGACUGGAUACCAUAUAUGGUGCUAUCAUAUCCAGGUACCACAUGUGGUGCUAUCAUGUGACUGGAUACCAUAUAUGGUGAUAUCAUGUGACCAGGUACCACAAAUGGUGUUGUCCUGUGACUGAAUACCAUAUAUGGUGCUAUCAUAUGACCAGAUACCACAUGUGGUGUUGUCCUGCAACUGAGUACCACAUAUGGUGCUAUCCUGGUUUGAAAUGUGGCAGUAAAUAUUUAUACUUUGCCUUACCUGACCAAAAAAUCACAUGAAUGUAACAUUUCAUCAAUUCCAAUUACUUACAGGAAUUUUUGUUUUGUUCCGUGUUGCUAACGUUUUUUAUUUGGUUAAUCUUCAUGUUAAGACUCCAAAAGUUGACUAUCUGCCUUGCGCGUACAUGUCCAUUUAUUAUUUUCGCAUGCCAGUAUUUUGCUUUGUUUCAUAUCAUUAUGAUGGUAAUAGAAACAAUUUUUUCGUGAUUUUGUUUUGUAAAUGGACAUAUGUUGUUUCGCACUGUUAUACGUAUACCCGAUGUCUCAUUCUCCAGGUACUUGUGAUAUUCUCAUCGUCAAUGCUUCAUUUAGCUUCAUUGUGGCAUUUUACCAUUAAGUGAGAUGUUGUACCCUUGAUUAAUUUAUUUGUGUGUCCAGUGUAUAUAUAUACGUACAAGUAUUAUAACGUAUAGACAUCUCAGUCUGGUAGUUUUUACGGUAAUGUCUUAAUCUCUGUGAUUUUAAAAAUCCUUGGUUCAUUUUAUAAACAGAUUUUACAAACCUACCCGAUAGUAUAAUUUUACAGUAGUAAGUUAUUUUUACUUUCUCCAAAAGUUUCUAUCUCCAGUAAAAUCAGUAUCAGUUGGACUUAUGAUGAAAUAUCAGUGAUAAUUCGGUGACUUACACAUUAAAUCAAAUGUUACUGGGUUGUGCAAUAAGUGAACAUAAGCCUUACAGUAAUUGUGGAGAAUCACACAUUGCAGCUAAAAAGAAUUUUUUUUUUUAAAAAAUCAAAUACUUUAUCAAAGGUAUAGACUUGAAUGCAUUGAUAUUCAAAUGAAAUAUAUUUAUACACCUAUAUAGUUAAUAAAAAUGAAAGAAUAAGUAAAAUAUAGAAUUAGGAUGUUUCGUAAGACAGAUGAAGGGAGACAAUCCAGCAGUUUUGUUGGAGAAACUGGUACCUUGCUUUGCUGCCCUUCAGAUCUGUUUAUGCAAGGGUUUAUAUUGAAGAGACAGUAUAUCGGGAUCAUCCACAAGUAAUGAAGCCUUCUAUUCAUUUUUAAUGAAUAGACAAGGCUUCUUUCUCAACAAUAGUCUGUGUAGUGGCAAAAAUGGAAAGAUUAUAACUAUUAUAAACAGUUCAUCCCAAGAAAUAUAUUUCUUGAAAAAUACCUCGGUUUAUAACUAUAGACUUGGUAAUUUUUUCGUAUAAUUUUAGAAAAUUUAUAUAUUCAUACUUGCUUUAUGCAAUUUGAAAUCGUCAAAGAACCCAAGAAAAAUGUAUAUAUAUAUACAUGGAAUGGUUGUCUGAAUAUAUAUCUAUCCUCAGAUCAUAAUACCAUAAGUUAAUUUUGAUUAUCUUUACAGAAGUAGCUUGAAAAGUUUAAUUAACAAUCUACAAUGUUCAGAUUACCAAUAUUGUAUACAUGGGCAGUAUACUAUUUUGAUUAGAAGAAUUUUUUCACAGAAACCUGAUUUGUAAACAAUUAUAAUAUAUCUGCAAGAAAACCACUAUCCAAUAAUUUUGAUUCAAAGCAUGUUAAUUUAAAAUCAUUUUCUCUCUCUGUGUUUGACUUUCUGUUUGCCUGUCUGAAUAUAUUUUGGUUCUUUUUUAAAACUAAACUACUAUUGGUUCAUAUUUGAAUCAUAUACAAAUUCAUUCUUUGUGUAUGGUGUAAUUAAAAAUUUUUAUAGAGUUAAAAACUGGUGCAUUUUUCGUUUUUUUCGUUUCAUCUGUCAUGUUGAUGUACCUUGUAAAAUCAUAAAUUGUGAACUCUAUUUUGUAACAAAAAUAUAUCUUUGAAACAUGUGAUGUGAUAAAUAUUUCUGUUCUCAAUGUAUGUGUAAAAUAUAGGAAACAUAGUUAUAACAAUACUUGUCAUUUAUUACAAAAAUGUCACUUGUAUUCUUAGGAAAAGCUCAAACAGAAAAUUCAAAAGAAUGGUUGUUUAACUAGAGACACAUAUUGUAAAUCUUAAUUGUUGAUGUUUGUUCCAUAAAUUCAAAAUGACUACCAUCAUAUUAAAUAUUUUUCAAAUUUGUUUUGCAAUUGGACUAAAGAAAAACAACCUUGAUUUAUUAUAUUUUUUGAAAUUUGAUUAAAUUACCUCUACUUCAUCCAGCGAUAUUGAGACAUAUUUGUCCCUUGUACUGAUCAAGAUUUUUAUUUAAUAUUCAGGAACAAAACAAUUUAGUUAAUUGUAAUAUUAAAUUUACUUUAUGUGAAGUAUCGAUUAAGAAUGGAUUUUAUAUCGACAGGGAAUUUGUAUACAAGAUGACAUGAUAUAUGUAAGAAUGUGUAUAUCUAAAGAUUAGGCUGUCCGUUAACGUUUUAAGUCAGGAUACUAAAAAUCCGUUAAACAAUAUACAUAUAUGUGUGUAUACAGAAACAUUAAGCAUUAAUAUUAAAUCUGGAAAAAGGGUUAGGAUAUCUAUAUGUAUAGACACAGAAUACAAAUUUGUAUACAUUGUAUAUAAUGUUUAGUGAGUGUGGUUAUAAAGGGGCGUAACUCUUGUCUGUCCUUUUCCUAUUACUUCUGUCCUUUUCCUAUUACUUGUGAUAAUUACUAUCAAUUAUCCAAUUACAUAUUUUCCAUCUUUUUUAAAUUUCUGCAAAAAGCUGUUGUCUUGUUCAAGUUAUUAACAGUUCACUAUAGUUCCUUAAUGUUUUCUCAACAAUUUUCUUUGUUUGCAUGCAAUUUAAAUUUUUGAAUUUAGUGGAUUUAAAAAAAAAAUGAAAGUUUAUUUUCCAGAGAGUAAUUGUUCUUAAACUGUUGCCCAGGUUAUAUAAUUAAUUAUAUUUAGCAGUAUGCAUUUUAUGUGGGCUAAAAUUUAGGUUAUACCGUAAUUUUUUUGAUACAAUCGAUAUCUAAGUCUUUAAUUUGCUGAAAUGACUGUUAAACUAUCAUCAAUAUACUGUUUUGAAUUUCCACUCUGAUACUACAUAAAACAUAUAUUAAGAAUGAAAAAAGAUACUUGAGUAUAUGUAUUUACACCAGGUUAUUGUAGAUGGAAUAACUAUAUUUAUUGUACACAAUAAAUGAACAGGAAGAGGGAAACAUGAUUAUAUAUAUUCAUUUUUAUAAGUAAAUCUUAAAAGUUUGAUAUCUUGGUGGAACUAGUUGGGCUUUGCGUUUGAUUACAUUGAUAUUAUGUAUCAACCCUGUACAAAUCAAAGUGUACAUAUAUGUUCUAAAGCCAAAGUGUCAUACAUUGUCAGUUAUAUAUAUAAAGUAUAUUUAUGGAAAAAAAAAAAAUUGCCAAAAAUUGAAAGGGAUCGAUGUACACAUUCAAUGUGACAGUCUUGUCAGGAUUUCUUCUGAAGUCGAAAUCCUUAAGGAUUCACUGGAACAAAGUUUGAUUAUAACUGAUUUUCUUCUCUGUGGAUAAUAUUUUAAAAAAUGUAAGUGAUACUAUUUACAUUAUCAAUUAGCAGGUACUCUUUUAGUGUCCUAACUUCUUAUAGAUUGUUCUUAAUGAGAUCUAUACAUAUUUUAUACCUGAAUUUGUGUCUUAACAAAGAAGUAUUCUUUUAAUUUCAUCUCUUGUUGUUAGAUUAUAAAUAUGGCGAUGUAAAGAUGUCAGAUUUGUAUGAAAAAUCCCCUGUAAACUGAAUCAUCAAAUACUUAUGCAUUGGUUAUUUAAGAGAUGGAAAAACUUUAUCAAAAUUGGUAAUUUUGGGAAAGGUAUGAAGAUUUGGAGGAACAACCUCUUCAUAACUCUGGAUAUUCCUUGUCGGCAGGUGAUUUUACCAUAUUUUCGUGAUCAUGGAACAGUUUAAGUUUUUCCUUAUCCAAUCUAUUUUGAUGUCAUCAGUGACGGUACGUUAAAACUCAAGACAAUUUUAAACUUUUAUCGUUUCAUGAUCAGAAAAUGAGGCUACCGGCAUAUACAGUAACACAAUAUUGCCGAUGGGUUAAGAUGUACACAAUUAUUUGAGCUUACUAUAUAUUUUCAUCACUUAACCUCCAUUGAAUUUACAAUCUUACAUACAGUAUUUUCACAAUAUUAAUUUGAAUCUGGUGGUACUAUAUGUAUAGCUACCAUACAGUAUGUCUGAUUUGUUUGCUUGUGUAAAUAAAGAAGGCAAGAUUUCAUUGCUCAUUUUACUAAAUCGAAAGUAUAUCGGAAUCAAUUUCUCAUAUUCCUAAAGCAUUUCUGUAGUUUUGCUGUAUUUGUUUCAAUUACACUUCAUUAAAAAAAAAAUCAUCAAAUUUAAUAUUAUCUGCCAGGCAAGGAAUUGUCCAGGUUAAGAUGACUGGUUGUACAUCCACGUUAGAAUGGUGAAGUGGGAGUCGGCUUUCCUUUUUGAUGUUCAAUGCCAUACAUAGAAUCUCAUCCCCAUAUAUAUCUGUAUCAUUCUAUUUAUAAAUUCAUGUUAUUAUUGUUGUUGAUAUUUAAGCAUCAAAACCAACAGCUCAUAUGGCUUAUAAUAAAGGAAUAAACAGCA